AUGUCCGUUGUUAAAGUAUCGCUUACGCAUUCCGCUAGUAGGAUGCGAGUCCCUGAGAAGCGCUACGGACUCGCACAAACAAUUGAAAGUAUAAAGGAAAACGUAUUUACUCACUUUGCCACUCCUCCGGAAUACAUGCAACUUCAACUUAUUGACGACCGCGGCAUCACAAUAGAGAAAAACAUGGCGAAUGACAAGCAGUUAGGGUACUAUCAGUGCCGUGAUGAAUUCGUCAUACACGUAGUGGAUCUCCAACCAUCUGCGAAGGUGGAAAACUUCGAUGACGUCUCCCAAGUGGAGAAAUAUGAGAUAAGUGAAGAGGCGUACAGCAAGCGGGAAGACAAUGCUAGGGCUUUUCGCCAGCGUAUGAUUGCUCAACAACGUGCUGAGGCCGAGCGUGAGGGCAUUGAACUUCCAAAGGAACUCGAUGAUGACAGUUACAAGGAAAAAGCAGAGACAAUACAUGUGGGGGACCGUUGCCUGUGUCGCCCUGGGGACCGCCUUGGCUCAGUGCGUUUCGUCGGUCGAGUUGCAUCACUUAAACCUGGCUAUUGGGUUGGUGUCGAAUUCGAUGAGCCGGUUGGUAAGGGGGAUGGUACUGUGAAGGGAACACGUGUGUUCCAGUGCCAGCCGAACUACGGAGGCUUCCUGCGUCCAGACCAAGUGGAUGUUGGUGACUUUCCCCCGGAGGUGUUUUAA